CGAUAGGAAAGAUUAUUUUGCAGUUUUCAGUGUUUUUGUGCUUUUUAUUGCUAUUAUCCUGUUUUUUGCAUUUGUUACUCGUAGUGAUCAAAUGUGAGAAGUGUUAUCAUGUUCCCAACAUUCCGGAGGGAUGCCAAGGGAAGCAUUAUUCUGACCGAUACCAGAUUAGCUCGGCUGGUAAAGGCAGAGAAUCGGCAGUGGGCAAAACCUGAGCGAUAUGAAGCGGUUAGAAUUGAUGCUCGCCGUCAGUGCAGGGAGGCGGGUGGGGAUGAUGACCAGCCAAAACAAUGGAUGGGUUUUCUAAGAAUGCAGUGGGGUUCAUUCAGAGGAGAAACAUACUGCUGGCUUCUAGAAAACACUCCAGGAUACGUUGGAUGGUUAGUCAACAAGCUGCAACAGGAUAAGAUAUCCUCUUCUGACCAUCUGUUCCUCUUCAAAAUGACUUUGGUCAAGUAUGCGAGCAUGUUUCCAGAGGGGAAGGAGAUUGUCUCCAUGAAAGAAAAGAAGAAAAAAGCAGCAGACAGUGCCAGUAUGAUGCAGCAGACGGCUACUGAAGUAGGAGUUGAGCUUGAUGAACUGGACAAUGCAGCUGAUGAGGAACUGGUGGCUUGUUUGGAAAGAUAUGAAGGCAGUGUUGAAGAUAUCAACUAAAUUAUUUGGAGG